CCCGGGCGCAGAGGAGAUGGCUCGCUGCCCUAGCGCCACCUGGAACUGGAGGUCUCGGGGCGUGGUCUUCAUAGCUGCCCAGAUCCUCCGCCUCAGUGCCCUGCUCUCUGAACUAAUGAACCAGACACAAGUGGCAGCGUGGACCUAUCAUAUCGGCACCAAGGCCUACCCGUGGGAUGCCUCCCGGAAAUUCUGCCAGAAGUACUUCACCGACCUGGUGGCCAUCCAGAAUAAAGAUGAAAUCGCUUACCUCAAUGACGUCAUUCCUUACUACAGCCAUUACUACUGGAUCGGGAUCCGGAAGAUCAAUAACAAAUGGACCUGGGUGGGAACCAAUAAGACGCUCACCCAGGAGGCUGAGAACUGGGCCGACCACGAGCCCAACAACAAGAAGAACAACCAGGACUGCGUGGAGAUUUACAUCAAGAGCCCGUCGGCCCCCGGCAGGUGGAAUGACGAGCCGUGCCUGAGGAGGAAGCGGCCGCUGUGCUACACAGCCUCCUGCCAGGACACGUCCUGCAGCCAGCACGGGGAGUGCGUGGAGACCAUCGGGAACUACACCUGCUCCUGCCACCCCGGGUUCUACGGACCAGAAUGUGAAUACGUGAGGGAGUGCGGGGGCCUGGAGCUCCCUUCGCGUGUGCUCAUGGACUGCAGCCACCCCCUGGGCAGCUUCUCUUUCAACUCCCGGUGCAGCUUCCACUGCGCCGAAGGCUACACGCUGGACGGGCCCCGCGAGCUGGAGUGCUUGGCCUCGGGAACCUGGACGAAUCAGCCCCCACAGUGUGUAGCCAUCGCGUGCGAGCCCCCGGAGGGCCCCGCCCACGGAAGCGUGGACUGCCCUCCGUCCUCGAGGGCAUUGCCGUACAACGCCACCUGCCGCUUCCGCUGUGCCGAGGGGUUCGAGCUGCACGGAGCGGACACAGUCCGGUGUGCCGACGAGGGACAGUGGACGGCGCCGGCCCCGCUCUGUCAAGCGCUGCAGUGCCAGGAUCUUCCGGCUCCAAACCAGGCCCGGGUGGAGUGUGUCCAUCCCUUUGGCGCCUCGAGGUACCAGUCCACCUGCAGCUUCGCCUGUGCCGAAGGCUUCCUCCUGGUCGGGGCACGCGAGCUCCGGUGCCUGGCCACCGGGUCCUGGAGCGCUGCACCCCCCGAGUGCCAAGCCAUCACCUGCACGCCUCUGCGAAGCCCACAGAAUGGAACGAUGACCUGUGUCAGCCCCCUGGGAGACUCCAGCUAUAGGUCCACAUGCCAGUUCACCUGCAACGAGGGGUUUUCUUUAUCUGGACCAGAAAGGCUGGAUUGCACCCCAUCUGGGCACUGGACAGCUUCCCCACCAACCUGUGCAGCCACCAGGUGUCCAGAAUUAUCCGCCCCAGAGCGGGGGAGCCUGGACUGCUCGGACACUCGCGGAGAGUUCGGUGUCGGCUCCACCUGCCGUUUCUCCUGCCGCGGGGGCUUUGAGCUGCAGGGGUCCGGCAGUGUGCAGUGCACAGCGUCUGGGAGAUGGACGGCCCCUCCGCCAACCUGCCAAGCCACCAGGUGUCCAGAAUUAUCCGCCCCAGAGCGGGGGAGCCUGGACUGCUCGGACACUCGCGGAGAAUUCGGUGUCGGCUCCACCUGCCGUUUCUCCUGCCGCGGGGGCUUUGAGCUGCAGGGGUCCGGCAGUGUGCAGUGCACAGCGUCUGGGAGAUGGACGGCCCCUCCGCCAACCUGCCAAGGUGCAGCGCCGGCGCCCCCUGCAGAGGUGCGCUGCCCAGCCCUCGUCGCCCCGGGGCAGGGAGACAUGUCCUGCAGACACCCUCUGGCAGCCUUUGGGUUGAAUAGCACCUGUCACUUUGAAUGCCACGCGGGGUUCGAGCUCCGGGGAGAGGCUGCUCUGCGGUGCGCUCGGUCGGGACGGUGGACAGCAGCGACCCCGGCGUGCAGAGCUGUGCAGUGCUCCGAGCUGCACAUGGCGGAGCCGGUGCUGAUGAACUGCUCCAGCCCUUGGGGCAACUUCAGCUACGGCGCCACCUGCACCUUCCACUGUCCGGAGGGCCGGGCGCUCAAUGGCUCGGCGGCGGCAGCCUGCGGACCGGACGGCCAGUGGUCAGCGGCCACGCCCACCUGCGACGCGGGGCCGCUGACCGUCCAGGAAGCGCUGACGUACUUGGGUGGAGCUGUGGCCUCCACAACAGGCUUGGUGAUGGGCGGCACGCUCCUGGCUCUGCUCAGGAGGCGGUGCAGACGGAAAGAUGAUGGGAAAGACCCUUUGAACCCUCACAGCCACCUGGGGACAUACGGAGUUUUUACAAAUGCUGCAUUUGACCCGAGCCCUUAAGAGACCUGCCCUCUCUUGGUCACCUCACUCCACCUCAGAGGAUGCUAUUGUUGAACAUCGGGCUUCCUGCGAGACUUGACGGACUGGAGCGCACCGCUGCAGUUUUCGGUAAAUGCGUGUGAAGGAAGGACGAGCCUUUCCUUUAGAUUAGCUCUGGACCAGAGCAGAAGAGACGGACUCCGCAUGCACCGCCCUUCCUGCCCCCUCUCCGGGCCGCGUGCUGCUGCAGGGUCCGCGGCUCUGCCGGCCAUCACUGGAAAUACUAACUAGCCAAAGCCCGGAGCCUCUGAGCCACCAGAGGACCAGACUGCGGGGAAAGAACGGCUCCUCAGCUGUGGACUGGAGGAAGGCUCCUGGACUUCUGGAAGGAGGCGGCGUCUCUGCCUGGAGGGGUUUCUGUAAGGCCUCCGGGCCCCCGGGGCGGUGUCUAUGACCCGCUUAGACCCCUGCUGCAGAGGCGUCCAGAGGCUGCAAACCACCGAGAACCAGGACAGGAAGGCACCUGUCACUGUGCUGGUCCCUCCAAGUCACUCUCCCCCAAAGAUCCAUAUUCAAAGGUGCAUUAAAAGGAUC